GAGGAAUGAACUCUGCACCUCGCACGAGGGCACCGGCACUCGAUCUCCACCAACUCUGCACGAGCUGCCAGAUCGGCGCCAAAGAAAGGCCAAUCGACAACUCGUUGCCGCACGCACCAACCCGAUCGAGUUCCAUUCCGGCCGCCACCAGCGCACCACCUCAAUAACCACGCGAGGAAGCACAAGCGCGUCGCCUGCUUCAACUACCCUGGCCGGAACGACGAGCUGAAGGGCUGCUUCAACGACGUGACGCGCAUGCGCCGCUGCCUCGUGGAGCGCUUCGGGUUCGACGAAGCCGACAUCCGCGUCCUCGCCGACGCCGACCCGUCCACGCCGGCGCCCACGGGGGCCAACAUCCGGCAGGAGCUCGAGCGCCUUGUCGGGGACGCCCGGCCCGGGGACACGCUCUUCUUCCACUACAGCGGCCACGGGAUGCAGCUGCCCGCGGAGACCGGGCAGGACGACGACACCGGGUACGACGAGUGCAUAGUGCCAUGCGACGGCAACCUCAUCAAAGACCAAGAUUUCAAGGAGCUCGUGGCAAAAGUCCCAGAUGGCUGCAUCUUCACCAUAGUUUCAGACUCGUGCCACAGUGGCGGGCUGAUCGACAAGACCAAGGAGCAGAUCGGGAACAGCACUCGGCAGAACAAAACCGAGCACCCGGCCGAGCGAGUCACGCGGCGGCAUCCUUUCGGUGCCAUUGCCUUCCUCCUACGGAUCGUCCAUGGCGUGUUCGAUUCACUAGGCAUCCACCUGCCUCGCCUCGUCGUCCAGAGUGGAGGAACGGAGACGAACACGAAGGCAGCAGGGGCCACCGCCAGCAUAAAAAGCCGGUCGCUGCCCCUCUCGGCGUUCAUCAAGAUGCUCCGGGAGACCACCGGCGAGGACGACGUCGGCGUGGGCAUGAUCCGGACGACGCAGUUCCGUCACUUCGGCAACGACGCGAGCCCCAAGAUCAAGAAGUUCGUCCAGGUCAUGGCAGUGGCAGGCAACAAGCUCCGGCAGGACGGCAAGCAGCUGGAGGGAAACGAGGCGAGACAGGUGGACACUCUCGAUCGGGCCCUGGAACAAGAUCAGGUGCACGGCGACGGCGGCAUCAAGGAGGUGUAUGCCGGCACCACGGCGAGCGCGCCGCCGCCCCUGCCUCGCAACGGCGUCCUGAUCAGCGGCUGCCAGACGGACCAGACCUCGGGGGACGCCACCACGGCGGAGGGCGUGUCCUACGGCUUGCUCAGCAACGCCGUCCAGACCAUCCUCGCCAGGAAGCACGACGGGGCGGUGACGAAUAGGGAACUGGUGCUCAGAGCGCGGGAGCUGCUGUCCAAACAGGGGGUCACUACUCAGCAACCUGGCCUUUACUGCAGCGAUGAGCAUGCCAGUUUGCCUUUCAUAUGCUCGAGUAGAGACGCAAGCGGCUACAAUACAAAAAUGCGCGGGGUGGUGGUGGCAAUGAGCACCUCGCGCGGCAGCACUCCGGAGCUCCACCAGCCCAGCACGCACGAGGUGCCAGGCCACAACGCCAAUUGCCCUCCUGCGUCACCGUACCAACCAGACCAUCAUUUCCAGCCGCCAACACCUCCAUCGCCGAACGCGUCGAAGCGCGGCGGCCUCUCGUCCGGCGGCGGCGGCGCAGAAGCGAUGGGGCAGAAGCGCGCCGUGCUGGUGGGCAUCAACUACCCGGGCACGGACGGGGAGCUGAAGGGAUGCCUGAACGACGUGGCCCGCAUGCGGCGCUGCCUGGUGGAGCGCUUCGGGUUCGACGAGGCCGGCAUCCGCGUCCUGGCCGACGCCGACCCGUCCACGCCGCCGCCCACGGGGGCCAACAUCCGGCUGGAGCUCGAGCGGCUCGUGGCGGGCGCGCGCCCCGGGGACGCGCUCUUCUUCCACUACAGCGGCCACGGCCUGCAGCUCCCCGCCGAGACCGGGGAGGACGACGACACCGGCUACGACGAGUGCAUCGUGCCAUGCGACCUCAACCUGAUCAAAGACCAAGAUUUCACGGAGCUCGUGGCCAAGGUCCCUGACGGGUGCCGCUUCACCAUGGUCUCAGACUCGUGCCACAGCGGCGGCCUGAUCGACAAGACCAAGGAGCAGAUCGGCAACAGCACCAAGCAGAACAGGACCCAGCAGCGCCGAGAGCGCGAAAUGAAGCCUCCUCCUGGUUCCGGCUCCGGGACCGGACUCUGCGCCUCCCUCGCGCAAAUCGUCCGUGGCGUGCUCGAGUCUCUCGCGGCCGGCAUCCACUGCAGUCGCCGUAGCCAGCAGCAGGGCAGCAACGUCCAGAGCGGAGGCGGCCAGGAGCCGGCGGAUGACACGAAGGCGGCGAAGGGCGGCAGCAUCGGCAACCGGUCGCUGCCGCUGUCGACGUUCAUCCAGAUGCUCAAGGACAAGACCGGACGGCACGAUGUCGGCGUGGGCUCCAUCCGCACGACGCUGUUCCACCACUUCGGCGACGAGGCGAGCCCCAAGGUGAAGAGGUUCAUGAAGGUCAUGGUGGGCAAGCUCCGGCACGACGGCAGGGAAGCGGAGCACUCGCACACUCCCGCUCCCUGGGAGGCGGAGGCCCUGGCACAGGAGCAGGACACGCAUAACGUCGAGGAAGUGUACGCGGGGCUGCCGCCGCGGAACGGCGUCCUCAUCAGCGGGUGCCAGACGGACGAGACCUCGGCGGACGCCACCACGGCCGACGGCAUGUCCUACGGCGCGCUGAGCAAUGCGAUCCAGACCAUCCUCGCCGGCAACGGCAAGAAGCGCGGGGCGGCGGCGGUGACGAACCGUGAGCUGGUGGUCAGGGCGCGGGAGCUGCUGUCCAAGCAGGGGUACACGCAGCAGCCCGGGCUCUACUGCAGCGAUGAGCACGCCAGGCUGCCUUUCAUCUGCUGAGACGAAAUAAACGUUUGAGCACCGUGUCGAGUGAAUUUCAGGCUUCAUCUGUGGAUGCUACGCCGUCUGUGUAACAAAAAUGAGACUUUUUUUUAUGAGUUUAUAUUUCCUCACAAAAAUCGAUACUUUUUAUUGCCGGGAGACGUUGACCUCCGCGGUCGCCAGGCGGCAUUGUCUCA